CUGACAAGGAUUAAAAACUGCACUGAGUGACUCACAGCUCAGGAGUGUCUGACUCAUGUUAGAGGAGGAAAUUAGUUAAGUUGUUCCAGGUGGUAAAAACAUGUAAGUGACUCAAAAAGUUGAGAUGAACUCAUAUUUAUUAUAUUAUCAUACGAUGAAACUUGUUUAGUUUACUUUUAGUUCCACAAACUUGUAACUUUCUGCAAAAUUAAAAAAUAUAUAUUGUUGAUUUUUUUCACUGUUUCUCUGUCAACAAAUUAUUUGAAAGAGUUUUAAUCCAGUUGUGAGGGUUAAUGAUGGUCUUGUUAGCAUUUGGGCAUCAUAAUAAGGCACCGAUAUGAUUUUUUAGUCUAUUUUAUAAACAUAAAAAAACUCCUCAUAGGUGCUUUAAUUAAAAAUGGUAAUUUUAGCAUCUCUAAAUGAAAUCUUAAUCAUUUUUGAGACACAUUCACCUUCACUGUAUCUUAUCUUGUAAAAUCCUGACACCUUUAAUUCUAAAUUAUACUAAUAAACUUAACUGCAUACUACGUUUAUAGACACAUAUGACAUGAUCUUUCCCUUGAGUUUCAGCUUGAACUGAAUAAACAACAUGAAGUCAAGAAGUAUAUGCAGACUUAGUGCUUAGGACUUUAAUAUCAGACAACUAUUAAUUAAUUAUCCAUUAACUUUUUAUAAUAAUAUUCCUCUCUGGUGCAGCCUAGAAAGGAGAACAGUUGAAUCAUUAUCCCUGCUCACCUACAGUUAUUUAAAACUGGAUUUUUGUCCUCAAAUACUUCAAAAAGUACUUCAUUAUAUGGUUUAUAAAUGUAUUAAACACAUGUAUUACAGUAAUAAUAGUUUUGCAUAACACAAGAAAGUACAACAGGCAUACUGCACAUUGAAUAUUUUUGUCAGGACACACAGCAUCUCUUAUUUCCACCUCCAUUAUGGAUAUAAAGUUCCCUGUCUCCUACUUUUGAGUAGUUUCCCAGUUUUAGAUUCCAGUUUGACCAGUUAGACCUGAACUGGUUUGCAUUUAUAAUAAUAUUCCUCACUGGUGCAGCCUAGAUAGGGAAACAGUUCAAUCGUUAUCCCUGCUCUUUCACAGAUAUUUUUACCUUUAUAUUCUUAAAAAACUGCUUUAUAGAUGGUAAAUAAAUGUAUAACCACAUGUAUAAUUGUUAUCACAGUUUUGCAUAACACAGCAAAGUACAACAGGCGUACUUCACAUUAAAUAUUAUUGUUAGGACACACAGCAUCUCUUAUUUCCACCUCCAUCAUGGAUAUAAAGUUCCCUGUCCUCUAAUUUCGAGUAUUUCCCAGUUUUAGAUUCCAGUUUGACCAGUUAGACCUGAACUGGUUUGGAUUUCGCUCCUCGAAGUUUAAACUUGUUCAGAUCUGAGGAAGGAAACAGUCCAGCUGUGCAACAACAAAAACGGAAGAAUAAAGUUUGUUUAGUUCGUGUUGAUGUUGGGGUUAAAGGUUGAGACAGUUUGGACGUUUGCGGUUCAGUUUUGUUUCCGAAAGUUCUUUUCCAACUCCUCUCUGGUGUCUGAUUUGUCCUUCUCGUAUUACUCAGCUAUAAGGUGGGACAAUGAUUCGUUGAGCAGCAGCGCGAGCCUCUCCCCCGUUGGCUGGAUUGUACACGUCAGCAGUCAAUAAGUUGAGCUCGAGAUGAAUGAUAGUCCAAUCAUACUCUUCCUGGUAUGAGCGUGUCAACGUACAGCACCUACUUCACGGUAAGUUCCAAAGAUACAUUUACAGUAAAGUAUCGUCUUUAAUCGCAUCGAACGUGACUCAUUCCAUGUCGUUCUCUUCAGGUGUCGAAAAAAAAGCGGCGGAAAAACCCGUUUGGCAUAAAAAUGUCACGGUUUUGAAGUGGAGAGAAGACGGUUCACUCAAGAGAAACUGUCAAGAAAACGUUUGACAUAUUCAGAAGCACGUGACGCGACGACAAAGAGUUGGAGUUGGAGUUCGAGCGCACGAGGAAACUUAGUUGAAGAGGGGUUUUGACUAUGAGGACGCUCGCGACAAGGUGAAUGAAACCCGUGCUGCUCCUGAGUCCACUUUCACCUUAGUACCGCGACAAUGAGGUUCCGGCUGCUCAGAAAGAACCUGCUCGUGUUCUUGGGUGUUUCCUUGGUGGUUUUGGGUCUCCUGUUCUCAACACGCGUGUUUUUAUCCCCCGGGAACGACAUGAGUGGGUCUAACAUUGUCGUCCAGGCGAACCCAGGUGAUAGGGUGAAGUUUAACUUUGGGUCGUUGACAGAUCUGACUCAGUCUGUUUACAAUGCCAACUACAGGCAGUGUGUUUACAAUGCAGAUAAGUUUCCAGGAGAGCCAGAACUGGUCCUGGUUGUACAGGUCCACAACAGGCCGGAGUAUCUCAGGUUGUUUAUCCAAUCGAUGGAAAAAGCCGCAGAAGUCCACAACUUCCUCAUCAUUUUUAGCCAUGACUAUUUUACAGAGGAAAUCAACGCCAUUGUGCAAGCUAUUUCUUUCUGCAAAGUGCUGCAAAUUUAUUUCCCGUUCAGCACUCAGCUGUAUCCCAACGAGUUUCCUGGGCAGGAUCCACGAGACUGCCCUCGAGACAUAUCCAAGGACAAUGCUCUGAAAAUAGGAUGCCUUAACGCAGAACACCCGGACUCCUAUGGACACUACAGGGAGGCUUUCAUCACUCAGACGAAACACCACUGGUGGUGGAAAUUGCACUUUGUGUGGGAGCGAGUGCAAGCUCUGCAGGGAUACAACGGCUUUGUGAUUUUUCUGGAGGAGGACAACUACGUCUUACCGGAUUUAUUCCACUUCUAUAAACUAAUGGCAGAGUUCAAGAAGAGCAGCUGCCCAGACUGCGACAUGCUCGCUUUGGGUAACCAUGACAGCCUCAAUAGUUUUACUAGACAGUCAAAUAAGGUGUUGACAACUGGGUGGAUGUCCACCAAGCACAACAUAGGCAUGGCUAUAUCGAAGGAGGUGUACUAUAAACUGAUGGGCUGCAACAACGAAUUCUGCACCUACGACGACUACAACUGGGACUGGACGCUGCAGCACCUCUCCGGAACCUGCGUGUCGAAGCCCCUCAAGGUGCUCGUGGCGCAGGCUUCCAGGGUCCUCCACACCGGAGACUGUGGCCUACACAGUAAGGAGAACUGCAGACCGGAGUGGGCUUCUCAGAGGGUCGAGGAGAAUCUCCAAAUGGCCAAACACGGCCUCUUCCCUCAAUCUCUGGUACUUGACGGUGCAGAAGCAGCCGAGCACAAGGCACAUAUGAAAAACGGAGGAUGGGGAGAUGUUCGAGACCACAGUCUAUGCAAUGAUUAUGCAAAGCGCCUUUAGGUUAUAGCCUUUAAAAGAAUUAUGGGUAUUCUGCUGAUCUGCCAUUCACUCAGAACUUUUCAGGGUUUCAGAGGCUGCAGUCAACUUUGAAACGGGACCAAAUCAAGAGCAGAAACACAAGACUUCACUUCGUUUAGAAGUGUUUUGCUUUGAAUCACCGGAGAUGCCAAAGUUCUUCAUGCGUGUUGUUGUAAAUGUAUGUAUGUAAUUUUUGUUUAAAUUCCAAGAAACCAGGUUCUUCAGUGUCUUACAUGCCAAAAUAUGAGAUUAUAUUGAUGCAUGACAAAGGGAACUUAGAGGAAACUAUGUCAGGGUAAACUCACCCUCACACAGCAGUGACUAAAAUAUGCACAAAAGGUUCUCUUGAAUGAAUACUGUACAGGAGUUCGACAUAAUAUUGUGAUUUAAAGGGUUUUGUUGGUUUUUAUCAACCCCUCAGCUGCAAAAUGUUUCUUUUGGCUUUUUUUUGGUGGUACUUUUUUAAUGCUACAACUAAAAGCACAAAUCAUUGUGUGACGAUUUUAGAUUCGGAGCGAUGCUGCCUUUGAAACUAAGCGUUCACUUUCAAAGGUGAUAUAAUUUCACUCUUAUCUUCCUGAUGAUAUAAAUCACAGAGUGUAUAUCAUGAUCUUGAAUGUAACCCUUCUGUGAGGUUUGGUUAAACGCUCUGUCUCCUCCACUGUGUCUGAAGAGCUGGCGUGACCCUGAAUUUUGUUGUUUUUGGCUGCGACUGUUUUAUUUGCUUUCUGAUUAAGCUACAGUGGUCCUUUGAACCUUGUUGUCCCUGGAAAACCGGAUCAAAACUGUGAUCGUGCAAUCGAGUAAUUGACAAAGGAGAUUAUGAAUUUCAUCAGCUGAAAAAGUUUCUCUUUUUUGUUUUUCAUUUAAUAAUUUGUGAAACUUUAUUGUGUUUAUAACGUGAAACAAUGCCAAAACUACCCCUGAGGUUUUGGUGCUAUUGUUGCUGUAAAGCUGACCAGAAGUGCCUUUUUUAUUGUUCCUUUCUGUCUAAAUAUAGUUUAAGAUUUGAGCCUGUCUCUUUUGAAGGUGCUCUGAUAUCCAUGUUCAUUCACGUGUAAAUGCCGGGGGACUCGCUUUUCCUGAAAUCUCUUUAUUUGUGUCCGUAUCCAGGAAACUGAACGGAUCUGUUGACGGAGCUUCCACUGUCUGUGUGUGUUUGUGUCAUUCUUUGUGAGAUUUUAACUUGUUGACAAUGAAUGUUUGUUUUUUUCUAAUGUUUUUGUUUCUCUUGCAAUCACUUCAAUAGAUGUUCAGUGUUUACAUCAUGUUUGGAAAAGCAUCAUGGGGAAAAUUCAAAAUAAAAGGGAGAUUUUUUUAUUA